CGGCAGGGCGCCCUGGGGCACGUGCGCUACGUGCUGAAAGAUGGCCUGAAGUGGCUUCCCUUGUACGGCUGUUACUUCUCUCAGCACGGGGGCAUCUACGUCAAGAGGAGCGCGAGGUUCAGGGAGAAGGAGAUGCGCCAGAAGCUGCUGAGCUAUGUGAGCGCCGGGACCCCGAUGUACCUGGUGAUUUUUCCGGAGGGGACGCGGUACAACCCCGAGCUGACAAAGGUCAUUUCCGCCAGUCAGAUGUUCGCUGCUCAGGAAGGCCUGCCUGUGUUGAAGCAUGUGCUGACGCCGCGCGUGAAGGCCACGCACAUCGCCUUCGACUCCAUGAAGAACUACUUAGAUGCCGUCUACGACGUCACUGUGGCCUUCGAAGGGACCGUGGACAACAAGGGUCAGCGGAAAGAGGCGCCGUCCAUGGUCGAAUUUCUCUGCAAAGAUUGUCCGAAAAUCCAUAUCCACGUUGCUCGCAUAGACAAGAAGGACGUCCCGGAGGAACGCGACUUCAUGAGGAGGUGGCUGCAUGAACGGUUCGAAAUAAAGGACAAGUUACUGAUCGAGUUCUAUGACUCGCCGGAUCCGGACAGAAGGAACCGGUUUCCCGGGGAAAGUGUCAGCUCUAAGCUGAGCCUCAGGAAGACGCUGCCAUCACUGCUGGUCCUGAGCGGCUUGACCGCGGGCAUGCUGGCCACCGAGGCUGGGAGGAAGCUGUACGUGAAGACGUGGCUCUACGGGACCCUGCUCGGCUGCCUAUGGGAGAAAGUUCUAUGCCAGCUGCUCCCGACAGACUUCAGCCAGGGCAGUCGGCUAUUUGCUGGGAAAAUGCAGGAGCUGGGAGUCGUGGAUGAGGUGGGAGAAGAAGGAACAAACCCAAGUCGAAGGGAAGCCGGUGAGGCUCUGGGCGGGGGUUGUUGGAAAUAAAGGCCAGAAUCCCGAGGCCCCCCCACCCCCCGUCCCCAACAGUUCAGCCUGGGCUUCGUC